UUGCAGUCCCUUUCUAGAAUAUAUAAAUACUGAGAUAGUAGUUCUUUAAAUAGUUAGAUUCAUUCCUUCAAGAUGAUGCGUCUAAUCUCUCUAGCUUUUCUAAGCUUGGUUUCAGUGACCAAAAGUCAGAUUUCAGAGGAGUGCCCAGCUGGUUGGAUUGAUGGUAAUUUUCUGGGAUGCUACAAGUUUCUUGACGCCAAGAUAAACAUGUCCUGGGUUGAGGCUCAGCAUGAAUGUGAAGUGGUUGGAGGAUAUCUUGCUGAACCUGUAACAACUGGACAAGCUGAAUUUCUAGCAGAGCUUGCAGCAUUGGAUCAAAGCUUUACAGGAAUAGGAUAUUGGUUUUUGGGUCUUACAGAUUUAGGAUUUGAGGGGGAAUGGAGCUGGAUGCAUAAUGGUGGAGAUCUAGAAGAUUCCUUCUGGGCUGCAAACCAUCCAAGUAACAAAACAGGAAAUAAGAAUGAUUGCGCAGUUCUUGUUCUAAGGAAUAAUGGAUUUACCUGGGAGGAUCAUGAUUGUUUAGCUCCUCAGAUAUCAAACCAUGUUGUUGCUCCAGCAUGCCAAUAUGAUACAGCAGCUCCAUCUACAACAGUAGCACCUGAAACAACAACAGCUUUUAGUUGUCCUUCUGGUUGGUCUGAAUUUGAUGGAAGCUGCUAUAGAUAUUUCUCACAAAGUCAAACUUGGAUAUUUGCUGAAAAGCUGUGCAGAGAUGAAGGAGCAUCUUUAGUCUCAAUUCAUUCCUCUGAAGAAAACAGUUUUGUUCUCGACUUAACGUCUCGUUCAAAUUGUUGGAUUGGUGCCUACAAAACUGGAAGUAAUGAUUUUUUCUGGUCAGAUUUUACUGAGAAUGACUUUUAUGAUUUUUAUGAUUCUGAUACUGGUUGCAUGUAUCAGUACGGUAGUUAUGGUUGGACCGGUACAAAUUGCCAUUCUUCAAGCUAUACGUUUCCCUUUGUAUGUAAAAAAUGAGUAACUUUGGCUAUGUAUUAAAUAAAAAAUUUCUCUAUCUGUGUUCAAA